GGUGGAACUAAAAAGGACUUGUGCUCUAUGGUGGUUGAGAGGAUUUAUUUUUAAUGGCAGAGCUGCUGACUUUACAAGGGGUUGAAAUUGAAGACAACUUGUGAGUAUAUUUAUAUAAAAAAGAAAAUGAUGGAGAAAGAUAGGGAGUGAUUGGUUUCUAGCAAAGAAAAAUUGAAAUUUGAGAGAAGGGUACUGAACCUGUACAAGAGAUAGUCAAGACACAACAAGCAGAAAGUUCAACACCCAAGAAAUCUUUUUCCACAAAGAUUCUGCUUUUUAUUUUUUCUCACCAAUUCAUUCAACCUACUAAGUAAAGGAAGCUUGUGGAUUUGGAUGGUGUUUUGGGAUGGAUGUAUAUAUGGGAAGGAACUGAAGCAGUGAUGAUAUUUGUGUAGUGGACUUUCAGUUUCAACUGUUGAGAUGAAGGGUGUUAUUUCCAUCACGUUCUUGAUUUGUUGCUUGCUUCUGCUUUUGGAAUCUUCAAUUUCACUUCCCCUAUGCAUUGAUUCGAGAGCACCCUUUACACUGAAUAAUACAACAACACCUGGGUUUUGUCCUUACAAUGGAAGCACGUGUUGCAACUCCACAGAAGAUGCACAAAUAGAGAAGCAAUUCCGAAUGAGGAACAUUUCUGAUUCUGCUUGUGCCUCGGUUGUGAAAUCAAUACUUUGUGCGAGGUGUGAUCCAUUUUCAGCGGAGCUAUUUACAGUUCAAUCCACACCCAGGUCAGUUCCAGUGCUUUGCAAUUCAACCAUACCAACAAAUUCUUCUCAGUCAAAGGCAAAAGAAGAGGAUUUCUGCACUCAAGUAUGGGACACAUGUAAAACUGUAUCCAUAGUGAACUCUCCAUUUGCACCUUCAUUACAAGGCCAGGCAGGAGCACCUGUUCAUGCCAAUGCCACCAAAUUAACUGAACUAUGGCAGUCGAAAACUGAUUUCUGCACCGCAUUUGGUAGAGAAUCUGAUAACUCAUCAGUGUGCUUUGAAGGGGAACUUGUUUCACUGAAUAAAACUGAGACGGCUCCUGUUACGCCCCCUCGUGGCGUGUGCUUUGAGAAAAUUGGCAACGGAUCUUAUCUCAGCAUGGUGGCUCAUCCUGAUGGCUCGAACCGUGCAUUCUUCUCCAACCAAAUGGGGAAGGUUUGGCUGGCGACACUUCCGGAUCAAGGCUCAGGAGGCGCAAUUGAGCUUGAUGAGUCAAGCCCCUUUGUUGAUCUCACUGAUCAAGUCUAUUUUGAUACUCAGUUUGGAAUGAUGGGCAUGGCCUUUCAUCCAAAUUUCUCGCAAAAUGGCCGGUUCUUCGCUUCAUUCAACUGUGAUAAGUCCAAGUGGUCAGGAUGUACCGGAAGAUGCGCGUGUAACUCGGAUGUUAAUUGUGAUCCAUCAAAGAUAGGUACUGAUCAUGGUGCACAGCCAUGCCAGUAUCAAACUGUUAUUGCAGAAUAUACUGCUAAUGGAACCGCAUCUCAGCCUUCUUUGGCUGAAAGUGCUAAACCAACUGAAGUUAGAAGAAUCUUUACCAUGGGACUCCCAUUUACCUCUCAACAUGGAGGUCAAAUACUCUUUGGACCUGAUGAUGGGUAUUUAUACUUCAUGAUGGGAUAUGGAGGAGGUCCAGGUGAUCCUUACAAUUUUGCACAGAACAAGAAAUCAUUGCUUGGAAAGAUUAUGAGGCUUGAUAUAGACAACAUCCCAAGUGCAACACAAAUUAGCAAACUUGGGCUGUGGGGUAGCUACUCCAUUCCACAGGACAAUCCAUAUAGUGAAGAUGAAGAUCUGCAGCCUGAAAUAUGGGCCUUGGGACUAAGAAAUCCUUGGCGCUGCAGUUUUGAUGCAGAAAGAUCUUCCUACUUUUUUUGUGGAGACGUCGGACAGGAUCUUUUUGAAGAGGUGGAUCUCAUAACAAAGGGUGGAAACUAUGGUUGGCGAGCUUAUGAGGGCCCCUAUAUAUUCAACGCAACACAAUCACCUGGAGGCAAUACUUCAUUAACAUCCAUAAAUCCAAUUUUCCCUAUAUUUGGAUAUAACCAUUCUGAAGUAAACAAGAAUGAAGGAUCAGCAUCGAUUACUGGCGGCUAUUUCUAUCGCUCUAACACUGAUCCUUGCACAUAUGGCAGGUACCUGUUUGGAGAUCUGUAUGCUGGUGCAAUAUGGGCAGCCACAGAAGACCCAGUAAACAGUGGAAACUUCAGCACUAGCAAGAUUCCCUUUAGCUGUGCACAUGAUUCUCCUCUACGAUGUGAGUCUGUACCUGGAACCUCUCUUUCAGCUUUAGGCUACAUCUUCUCAUUUGGUGAAGACAACAACAAAGAUGUUUAUAUCCUUGCAAGCUCUGGUGUUUACCGAGUGGUUCGUCCGAGUCGCUGCAAUUAUGCUUGCUCACUGGAAAAUGCAACAACCACUACAAGCCCUACUCCCUCUCCUUCUUCUCCUUCUCAUGCUAACCGUUGGAGUAACUACUCUGGGUAUUUGUUUUUGCAGUUUUCAUCUUUCUUGUUACUUCUGUUGGGUUUUAUGUAGCAUGCUUAUGCUAUGAUCUUUGUAUAUUAUGAAGAGAUGAUAGGAGGGUUUUAUCACCUUACUUUUUUUGGUA